AUGUCUCUACUCACCAAUUAUGAGGGGCUUCGGCAUCAGAUCGAGAGGCUGGUGCGGGAGAAUGAGGAGCUGAAGAAGCUGGUACAGCUCAUUCGGGAGAAUCACGAGCUCAAGUCGGCGAUCAAGACACAAGCGGGUGGCCUGGGCAUCAGCGGGUUCAGCUCGGGGCUUGGCGAGGCGGCGGCCAGCCCUCCUCAACGCCCGGGAAACUGUGUCUUCCUGCCCCCGUCCCCGGCAGCCACAAAUGAGCCUAUCCUGGAUGAAGUGGGGAUUAUGACUCUGGCGCCCCUGGCCGACAUGCUGAACAGCCCACAGCCCAGCCCUGCAGCAGGCGCCAUCGUGAACCCCCUGAUGGGCCCCCUCAACACACUGCUCCCUGGACCAGGGUCCAUGUCACAGAGCAUCCCGCUCACCAGCCUCCUGACCAGCCCCCUGAGCAGCCACGUGACUGGCCCCAUGGCAGUGUCCCCGGGGGGCACACUGACCAGCUCCCUGGGUCUGCCUUCAACUGGCCCCCUGAGCAGCCACGUGACUGGCCCCAUGGCAGUGUCUCCAAGCAGCCCCCUGAUGGCCCCUAUGACAGGCACAGUGGCCGUCUCUCUGAGCAGCCCCCUGCUCACCUCCAUGGCUGCUCCUCUAGGUGUUUCUCAGAACCUUCUGGCCAACCCCAUGAGCAAUCUGGUGCUGUCGGAGGCCCCGAGGGUGCGGCUGUCAGAGCCGCUCCGAGGAUGCCCCUCCAGACCCCAUCCCUCAGCUGGAGCAGGGCCUGCCGCCACCACCAAAGUCCCAAUCUCCACUGAGCUUCCCCAGCCGACCCAGGACCUGGAGCCCUUCAGCAUGACGUUUGUGGGCUCACCCAUCCAGGCCUCCACCCCUAUCGGGACUAGGGGCACGCCUGGCCCCAUCACCACCUUUUCCUACAGCAGCUCAGAGGCCCAGACCCAGCCCAGUGCCCCUAAGGGACAAGCAGUUCCUGUAUCUGUCCCCACCACCCCACCUGUCUCUCCAACUGCCACAGUCCUCGUCCCUAUCCCUACUCCCGCCCCCCAAGCUACCACCAACUACACCCCCUCGAGCACCACCCACAUUGUCCAGUGCCCCCCCCAGUCUCCCACCCGGGCACACCACUCCCCCACCCAGCCCUCGCCCACCCCCCACUCCCCUCCACGAAACCCCCACUCCCCGCCCCGAACCUCAUCCUCCCCGGCUACAGUCAACGACACCCGGGGUCCACGUGGCGCAGAGACAUCUCGGAAAAGCAUCCUAGAGUUGGAACGGAAGCUAGCCCACCGAAAGACCAGCAAGUUCCCUGAGAGCCCCCGAGAGUCAAAGCAGGUAGUCUGGGAGAGGCUGGUGGGGGAGAUUGCCUUCCAGCUGGACCGCAGGAUCCUGUCCAGCAUCUUCCCUGAGCGCGUGCGUCUCUACGGCUUCACUGUCUCCAACAUUCCAGAGAAGAUCAUCCAGGCCUCCCUGAACCCCAGCGACCACAAGCUGGAUGAGGAGCUGUGCCAGACACUCACACAGCGCUACGUGAGCAUCAUGAACCGGCUACAAAGCCUGGGCUACAAUGGGCGGGUGCACCCGGCACUGACCGAGCAGCUGGUGAAUGCCCACGGCAUCCUGCGAGAGAGGCCGGAGCUGGCUGCCUCGGAAGGCGGCUCCUACACCAUGGAUUUCCUGCAGCGCGUGCUGGUGGAGAAUGUGCACCCCAGCAUGCUCUCGGACGCGCUGCUGCUGCUCUCCUGUCUCAGCCAGCUGGCGCACGACGACGGCAAGCCCAUGUUCAUCUGGUGA